AGCAUCAUCUCCACUGGAGCAUCUGAUCACAUCACUGGCGUCCCUCCCUGGACUUCAACGGCUGCCAGCUCCAACCCUAGCAAACACAAGUCGAUGACUGAGAACUCCGCCUCCCACGAUGGACAAGAAAAGUGCCAACGGCUUUCAGACCAAAGCUGGUGAGGGCGGUGUUCAGAGGAAGCAGUUGCCCUAUUCAGUGGAGACUCCCUAUGGCUUCCAUCUGGACCUGGACUUCCUCAAGUAUGUUGACGAUAUCGAAAAAGGAAACACCAUCAAAAGGGUCCACAUCCAGCGCAGGGUCAAGGGCCCACCCAAAUUCAGCACACUACCUAGAAACUUCAGUCUCCCUGGGCAUGGAGCCAGGCCCGCCGCCAAGGACAAGGAUAGCACAUGGUCAGGAACAUCCACCUUGGGGCCAAGGCCUAAAUCACGGGUGACAGAGGUGCAACAAUUAUUUGACUUCAGGGCAAAUGAAGGGGGGACUUCCAGCCAGAGCAACAGGGGGACAACCAGUCAGGGGGGUGGUUAUGUUGCACCUAAGCCCAGAGAUGAAACAUGUACGGGGGCUCGAGGUGUUGAAGAGAAAACACCGGGGAUGCAAAGUCGUCCGAACCUGCUCCGAGCAUCAAGCAUGCCCGUCACCCUCCAGCAGCGGAAAAGCUCUGAUUCAAGCAGUCCGGAUCGUGUUGUGGGAACACCAGAGAAUGGCUCAACAGAAAACAUCUUCCGUGCUUCACCGGAUGUAACAGAGAGACGGUGCGUACCCCAGGAUCGAACAGGGCUCCACCAGCAGAUCACAGUGGCACUGAAGCGAGUCAGAGAGCUGGAGGAAAUGGUUAAAACCAUCCCGGAGCUUAAGGCCCAGAUCUGCUCACUGAGGGAGGAAAAGGAGCGGCUAUUGCUAGAGCUCCAAGCCCAGACCCAAGCACAGAUUUCCACAUCCCCCUCUACAACAGCCCCUGACGCUGGGUCACACACUCAGCCGGUAGCACACAGAUCCUCAGAAGGGCUCAGUUUAGCCCCGACCAUUCAACCUGCUGGAGUGACAAGCAGAGUUUCACAAAAAGAUGAGAGUGCCUCAGCACAUGGACAAAUGGGCAAGUUGUCAGCACAAGAAUCUGAGAGACUAUCGCAGCCGUCAGAAAAAUCAGACAAACCAAAAGAAGCAAUAGAGAAUCCACUAGAGCAUGCAGGGCACAAGCUAUCACAGGACACAGCAGGGCAGCAAUUAACAUCAAGUAGAGAGGCUAUUAAAGAUGCAGGGACAAGCAACAUUCAAGAUGCGGAAAAACCAAGACAACUUGAGAAACCAGACAGUGUGCAGAUACUGCAGGAGAAGCUAAUGAUACUGGAGGAUAAACUUACUCAGGCCAGCCAAGAGCUGGAUAAAACUAAUAGCCUUUUAAAGGAACAAAUAGAGGACAACAUGGUAAAAGAGGAGAAAAUACUGCAACUGAGUGAGGGAGUGAGAGUGGAGAUUUGUACUCCAGAAGUAGAGAGCGGGCCAAGAAGAGUGAGCAUCGACACAGGAACAGUGACAGAGAGAGUAGAUUUUGCGAACCAAGAGACAGAGACAGAAUCAGUCGGUAGAGUAGAUAAGGGUACAGAUACAGAUCAAAUCUGUGUUGAAGUAUGUGUACCCAGUGUAAGUAUUGAUCAAGUAACUGAUAAUAAAGUGGAAACACAAGACCAGGUCACAGACAUGGAGGCAGAAGUACCCGAAACGAGCCCACCAAGACCCAGAGCCAACAGCAUUGAAAGGGGAACAGUUACUGAGAGGAUCGCCACUCAGGAUCAGACGACCGAGACCCCAGUGGUUGAGAGGGUCAACCAAGUCACAGACGUGGAGGAAGAAGUACCUUCAACGAGUCCACCAAGACCCAGAGCCAACAGCAUUGAACGGGGAACGGUUACGGAGAGGAUCGCCACUCAGGAUCAGAUGACUGAGACGCCUGUGGCUGAGAGGGUCAACCAAGUCACAGAGACAGAGGGAGAGACAGGGACAGACCAUCCACGGGGGCCGAGAGCCAGCAGUGCAGAUCGGGGGACAGAGACAGAGAGGGUGGACACUGUAGACAGGGUGACAGAGACAGAGGUGGCACAGAGGACCGACCAGGUGACAGAGACAGAGAUAGAGACAGAGAGACGACCAGGCAACAAUCCAGCAAGAGGUGCAGAAGCAGAGAGUCCGGGUAGGGAAAGCACAAGCACAGAAAGAGUAGAGGAAGUCAGCACGGUGGUCAGUGAAAGCACGGAGGACCAGGAAGAGACCGAAAGAAUUCAAAGAGUUAGUCAAAGUGUGGUAAUGAAAGUCAUCACAGAGAGUUCAGUUGUUGUGCAAGAAAGUGCAGCUGAGCAAGUUAUAGCUUUGGGCUUUGUGAGCCAGAAUGAAGAGAGUACCAGUCCAACUGCUUCAACAGAAGAAGACAAGGAAUCUGUGUUUGAAACAAGUACGACUGCACAGAAAGACUCAGAAACUACAGAAAUUACAGAGACAAAGAGUGUAGUGACAGAAACGGUUGAAAUGAAGCCGAUCGCCAUGGAGAGUCAAGAGAAGAAAGAACUGGGAGAGGGUGAGAUUGUGUGUGUGACAGUCAAAGACACUGUGUUCACUGAUGUGGUUGUUACAGCAGCAGAGGACGCAGCUGUGAAGACAGUAGUUCCUGUCAGACCUCAGAGAGGCCGGAAGCUCUCAGCAGAGCCGGCACUGCCAACACCGCCUCAACCUCAGGCUGCACCUGUGCGUCCUCGCAGAGGAUCCAGUGAAGGUCAAGCCAAGCAGCCCCAGACAAAGCCCCAGGCACAAGUACAGGAUGCACCUCAGCCUGAGGCUCAAUCUCCAACACAGCUCUCAGAACAGCAGGUCAAACCUGAAGCCCCGUCUGUGUCUAAGGUCGAGGAGAAGAGCCAAGCAAAGAAGCCUUCUGAGGAGUCUGCUGAGGAAAAACCUCCGUCAAAACCUCAGGCUGAGACUAGGGGUCCGUCCUCUGGUUCCAGUGGAGUCCAGACCCGUCCAAAAUCAAUUCAGUCUCACUCUCAAACCUCUGCAGCUAAACGGGGUUCAAAAGAGCUUAAAGGAACCCAGAGAGGGUCCAGUGUGUCACAGCCUCCUAGUCGUGGAUCAGGAGAAGCCCAAACCCGCCUGGCUCGUCAGGGGUCAAGCGAUUUGCAAAGUCAGUCUCAGGGCUCCCGUAAGAGUUCCAGUGAGACUCAGCCCUCUCACAAAGAUCCCAGUGAGACACAAUCCCUGCGCAGAGCCUCCAGUGAAUCAGCCAAGCGACGUGGGUCAACUGAAGCCCAGGCCGCUCGUCGGGACUCCGGUGAGACCCAAACUCUUCGCAGAGGAUCCGGCGAGUCUCCGACCUCACCUGCGGCUUUGGGCCAAGUCGUCACCCGGUUAACAGGGCUGCUGGGGGAGCAGUGGGCCCAGCUGGGGAGCAGCUCCGGAGCUCAGCAGCCAGCCGUCCAGCAGGAGAUCCCGAGCACACAGAAACAGACAGCAGGGAAAAGAGCAGAGGCAGGAAAAGGAGCAGCAGCCAAGCCUGUGGGGAAAACAGUCCCUGCAGCAACAACAGGGAAAACGGCAGGAAAACCGGCAGGAAAACCGGCAGGGAAACCAGCAGGGAAAGCAGCUCCUUCCAAAAUGAGCUCCAUUCAGAGUCAACUGGUCAGCUCCCUCAGUGUCCUCUCUGCCUUCUACUCACCAGCUCAGAAAGCUGCUGCGGCCAAAAAACAGCAAGAACAAGGUCUCAAAUCCAUCAUGAAGAAAAAUGGAGUUGCUGACAAGCAGGGCACCAAGGGAGCCAAGAAAAACCUGAAGUUCGUUGGAGUGAAUGGAGGCUACGAGACGACCUCCAGCGAAGAGUCCAGUGGAGACGAGAAGACGAAGGUGGAGGUGGAGGUUGAGGUAGAGGAGGAAGAGGACAGCUCAGAGCCAGAGGUGGAGAAGGAGAAGGAGAAGGAGAAGGAGAAUGAGAAAGAGAAGGAGCCUGAAGCGUCAGAGAAGCCUGAGGAGGCAGCAGAGACCCAGGCAAAGGAUGCAGAGGUCCCUGCUGAGGGAGGAGGUGCUGCUGCCGGAGAGGAGCAGAGUGAAAGAGGCCUGAUGGAUCCACGGAGCAGCCAGGAGCUGCAGGAGGAGCAGGCUGAGCGGGAGAAAGUUGACAAAGCGUUUAUCGAUGCUUGCAUCUAUGUGAAGGAUCGUAUGGAAGAGGUUCCAUCGCCUGAUAAAGAAAUGCGUCAGGUUUUAGUGGUGCUCUACCAGGAGUGGUUCAAGGUGUCCAGUCAGAAGGACUCGCAGGCCGACACCGUCAGACUGUACCUGCGACAGGUGGGCUUGACCACGCCCACUCUUCUGCCAUAUGUGGUCAACUUGACAGAUGGCAACGGGAACAUGGCGCUGCACUACAGCGUGUCACACUCCAACUUCCCCGUGGUCGAGCUGCUGCUGGACACUGGUCUAUGUGAAACCAACAAUGUGAACAAGGCCGGCUACACUCCAGUGAUGCUCGCUGCGCUGACAGCUGCUGAGAGCCCCGGUGAUCUAGAGGUGGCUCAACAACUUCUGAGACUGGGAGAUGUCAACGCUCGCUCCAGACAGGCGGGCCAGACGGCACUUAUGCUCGCGGUGAGCCACGGUCGCGUUGCCAUGGUGAAGCUGCUCUUGAGCUCGGGCGCGGACGUCAAUGCUCAGGACCGCGAGGGAUCCACAGCCCUGAUGUGUGCGAGCGAACACGGACACGUGCACAUUGUUCGUCUGCUGCUGGAGACGGGUCGCUGCGACGCCGGCCUCGUGGACAAGAACGGUCAGACCGCUCUGUCAGCGACCUCCCACCCAGAAAUCGUUGACCUUCUGAAGGCCCAGACCGAGGGCCAAGCCUCGGGACCCCCGGCUGCCGGAGACCUCCUCUGAGCCAGGCAGACCCCGUUUACUCUUCCAACACCGCACCACACUUCAAGACCCUCUGCCACACCAACGUAGAGGGAAACAACCGAGACACACAGGAAACACUCUGCCACGUUUACUGUGGAGUCGUGGGAGCUCCUGCAAACGUACGACCACACAUUUCUUCCACAUCUCUGCCGACACAGUGUCAUAUGCUGCAUCAACCACUCAGUGGACAGACAACAGAGAGGGCAGGUGGUCAGACAUAUAUAUAUAUAUAUAUAUAUAUAUUAUAUUUAUAUUCUCACCCCACUGUAUAUGGACUGGCAAGUGGACGCUGCUUCCUCUCAUAAAACUAGCUUGUCCGGUAAGAUACUAAGCACAUGAUCUACCUUUCAAAUAUAUGAUAUGAGAUAUGACCUGAUUUCUAUUUUUUUCUUCAUUGACUUGAUCCAUAUUUGGACAUAAGCCAUUAUUAAGAACAUAGUAUAUAUGUAGAGUGUUAUUCUAACAGAUAAUAAUCAUAUACAAACACAGAAAGUGUAUUUUCUACUGUUUUGUUUUUUUAAAGUUGUGUUUAUGUACAGUGAGAAGUCCUCUAUAAUAUCGGUGUCCAGAAGAAACUAUAUCUCCAAAAGUGUAGAUUGCAAAGUAGAACUCGUGGUGAAAUUUCCCAUCAUUCAGUGGGGUUUGGCAUCAUUUAGUGUGUUGUUAUAUUAUGUUCUUCACGUCUGACAUCGUCUGUGAAAUAUAGAAAAAAUAAAUGGUUUAGUUGGAGAUAAAAAAUCUGUUGGAAACAGAAGAAAUGAUUAUUUUUAAAUAACCUGAUAAAAGACAGAAAAGUCUACAAAUAUAAGAGGAUUGUAUUCAGAAGGCGCUGCAUGCAGACACUCAGUCACGCCCCCUGCUGGUCGCCCUAUAGUAAACCAACAACAGUAUGUUGUAAUACUGUCUGUUCUCAUGAUUAUAAUCUCUCUCUCUGUGUCUCGGUCUCCAUCCUCCAGUUCACCUAUAACGUACGUCUUGUUUGCCUGCUUGCAUCCAAUCGAAUCAUGUAUGCAACUGCUUCAAAAUGCACAAUGAAUGUCAGGCUGGCUGCGACUCAUCCAAAUAGAAAACUGUAGCUGGCACGGACAAUGGGACUGACCAGGAGUUAGGUGUCGGUGUCAAAAGACGUUAAUUUUGAGGAAAAAUCCUCAACACAAAGAUCUGAUUUGCCUGAUUUCAAAUAAUCACUAACACCAGAACUGUGUUUUGUUUUGUUUUCUGUCUAAAGCAAUAUAAAUGGCUGAGUGGCUUUGAUCUCGCCUUAAUCAGACGACAUGUGGAGGAGACGUGUUCCAGGGAGCGUGGCCUUUUAGCAUCUGUUUACCACUAAACUACACCCAUAUUCUUAAAGUAAUCUUCCAGCAAGAGUACUGGUCUGAUGAAGGUUUUACGACUCAGUGUUUCUCCCAGUGCAGAUGUCAAACUGGUCAGUAAGUUUACAAAGAACAAAAGGGAAACUGAUUCUCUGGAGGUUUAAUUACAGAUGAACUCGUAACUGCACAAUUGCCAUUUUUUAAAUCCACUGUUUACAUGUGACCUGAGAAUGGAGAUUUAAAAACGGGGGAAACAACACAACAAUUAACAACUGCCAUGUUUGUGGUCGAGUGAACUUCUGCAAAAACAAGGAGAACGAUUCCUCCGAUCUUAGAUAAACUUUUUCAUUUGUUUCUAACUGAAGAACCUGAAUUAGAUUUCAAAUGUCUUAGUUUUCUCUAAUAAUAUAAAACAAGUAUGGUGCUGUCUCGCAAGCUACUUCAGGUGAAUUCUGCCUCCACCGUUCGCUGGCGUUCGCUUUGGUUCUCCUCAUCAUCCACACACACGUGCACAAGGCUACACACAGACCCACACAUGGACGUCUGCAUGCAGCCCAGAACAACAACUUUUCUUUUUCCUGAGACACAGUGUGGUCUGACCUCCGAUCCUGCACCAGUACUCGCAUAUCUGGACACUUUAUAAUUAUGGGUGUUGGAAUGAAACUAUGUACAAAGACAAGAAGACAGAGGGAUGACAUAAAGUAUGUUAAUUAUAUAGUAAAAGCUGCAUUUACUCUAAAACAAUGAGACUUUUCCCAGCAUUUGUUGAGUCACAGGCUACAAACAUGUGCGUCUGUGCCCGAACGUGGAUCUGACCCGUGCUGCCGUGAAGCCUCUGGUGUUUCUGGUGUUUCUGGUGUCUCCGGUGUUUCUGGUCUUCCGUGCCUGUGUCUUCAAGUCUUAAAUCUCAUCCAUAUGUUUAAUCCAGUGUGACCCAGAUGUAAUAAAGGUUUGCGUAAGUGGCUGAACACCAAAGACCUGAAAUCCAAUCUGUUUCACAUGGGGUUAAAUAUAUAUCUAUUUUACCUGUUCCUGUAAAAUCCAGCCAAAUACAUGUAUAUACAAUAUUGUGAAGAGUAUAUACCGAGUAUUGUCUGACAAGUUUGCUCUAUAAAUGAUAUUGAGUAUUUAUUCCAAAAGCUAUAUUUUUACCAUAUAUAUAUAUAUAAAUAUAUAUAGUAUACUUAUGUAUGCAUGGACAAAUACUCCAGUGAAUCUGUCGCGAGGGGAAUUUGGAUGAUUAGAAAAUAUGCGAUAUAAGCGUUCCCUGAGUAUGUGAUUAUUUGACUUGACGUUGACUGGUCAGGUGGUUUCGUCAUGUGUCACGUGUCGUUUUAACACAAACGUUGAUGUUUGUGUUGGGGGGGGGGGGAAUAAGAAGCAGAUCUGACACUGGUCUAAGCUGCAAAAGGGCAAAGUCCUCUCGUUGGAAAAACCCCAUCUGAAAAUCUGAGUCUGUGUAUAUGACAGAGUCAAAUGUAAAAACCUGUACCUCUCUGUAGUAUUCCUUGUACAACAAGCUUGUAUGUUACAAACCAGAGAACUAAUUCUAAAUAAAUGAAUAUUUAAAACUUA